AUGGACUACACCGCCUGUCACCCAUCCGCUCUACUGUCCGGGACUCUCCGCACGUUCCAGCGAGCAGCUUGUGAUGACCAAGUCAUCAUCCUCAAGUGUUACAGAUCUUGUAGCUCCAGCUUCUAUAACUUUACCAUUAUUUAUGAUCAAAUAUUUUCUGUCACAGCUCUACUGUCCGGGACUCUCCGCACGUUCCAGCGAGCAGCUUGUGACGACCAAGUCAUCAUCCUCAAGUGUUACAGAUCUUGUAGCUCCAGCUUCUCUCUACUGUCCGGGACUCUCCGCACGUUCCAGCGAGCAGCUUGUGACGACCAAGUCAUCAUCCUCAAGUGUUACAGAUCUUGUAGCUCCAGCUUCUGUAACUUUACCAUUAUUUAUGAUCAAAUAUUUUCUGUUACAGCUCUACUGUCCGGGACUCUCCGCACGUUCCAGCGAGCAGCUUGUGACGACCAACUCUACUGUCCGGGACUCUCUGUACGUUCCAGCGAGCAGCUUGUGACGACCAAGUUAUCACCCUCAAGUGUUACAGAACUUGUAGCUCCAGGUCUGUCAUUUACCAUUAUUUAUGAUCAAAUAUUUUCUGUUACAGCUCUACUGUCCGGGACUCUCCGCACGUUCCAGCGAGCAGCUUGUGACGACCAAGUCAUCAUCCUCAAGUGUCCGGACAGCACCAGUAUCAGUGUCCAAGUCGCUCAGUACGGCAAGUCUGCAGACGCCCUCGCCGCUCUCUGCCCGGACCCCGCCAACCCUCAUCGUAACGUCGUUAACAAUACCUGCUUCUGGCCGAAUGCCCUCCAGACGGUGGUCGAGGCCUGUCAGAAGAAGCGGCAAUGCAAGUUCCAAACCUCGCCCAAGACCUUCGGUGGAGACCCUUGUCCCGGCACGCGGAAGUAUGUCGAGAUCGCCUUCAAGUGUAGACCAAACGAGUUUCGCAGCCGAGUGGCUUGUGAGAACGAGGUGCUGCAGCUAACGUGUAAUCCCAAUACUCGCCUUGCGGUGUACUCCGCGAGCUUCGGUCGUACGGAGUACGAGAGCUUCGCCUGUCCGCAGCCUCAGGGCGUCAGAGAGGAGACGUGUUUGGUGAGCUACGCGACAGAGACGGUAAUGCAGAUCUGCCACGGCAAACGCUCCUGCACUUUGUCUGCAGAUUCUGCAACCUUCGGCAACCCCUGUCACCAACAAUCCAGGAUGUACCUGAAAGUUGUAUAUACUUGCGUUCCCCGUAGCGUGCUGAGGGAACAGUACGAGGAACGCCCGGAGAAAGACGAAACACUGGAACCGGACCAGGACAUAGACACAUACGACGUGGUGGACGACGCGCUCCGGGAGGGCAGCGUGUACUCGGCCUCCCCCAACUUGGGGGGCUCUCGGACUGGGGGGGCCAACAACAUAACGGGGGGGCCUUCCGAGUCUCCCCCUAAGUACCACAUUGCAGACCCACAGCCUAGAGGGCGGUUGACGUCGUCGCUCCCCCCUCUCGUGCCCCCCCGCCAUCACACUGACCUGGUCCAGGGGGACUCUGGGCCGGAGCAAGUUACAAACUGCACAGUCACUCCGUACUACAACGAGAAAACUAGAGUCAUCGGGUUCAUAUCCGAGUGGAUCCACACUUACAAUUUCCUCUCCAAGAACAGAGAGAAACUCAUCCUGUACCUCUCUGUGAGUGUGAGUGCUGGUCUCUUGUCGCUGCUGGUCCUGGUGAUCAGCCGACUGCUGUGGCAGCGCAGAAGAAGACAUGUUGCAGCUAACACCACUCUACCCAACUACGCUGACGACUUGAGUGAGGUAGAUACGGACAUUGACCUGACUGCGCCGGCGACGAUCACCAUCCUGUCCAGCCCUCUGCCGCCCGGAGAGGUCGUCAGAUUCGGCAGCGACUGCAGCGCCCCUCGCAGUCUGAGCAGAAGCGGCAACAACCAGUACUACUACGGGUGACCAAUAGUUCCCGUGGAGCCGCUCCCGGGGACCGAGGGAGUCUACCCGGACAGUUCCAGGAGCUAUUGUUUCUAGCAGGAGACGGUGGUGUGACGUGGGUGCCGGACCGUACACUGAGUACUGAGUACUGAGUCACAGUCAGCAACACACUUUCAUCUGGCACAGUUAGCUCUUUUACAUUUCUCUUAUAUUUUGAAAUAUUUAAACGUAUAUUUUUUCAAGACAUCGUCUUAAUAUUUUUAUUAUAUUGUGUUUGUAAAAAGAAUGUUUGAUGGUAAUAUAUAUAUUAGUAUAUAUAAGUAUUACUGAACUCAGGUAUAAUAUAAGACCGUUACGAGAAUGCUUGUAUGUUAUUGGUAAUAAUCGUGAUUGUUUAGACUGUGAAGCUAUUUUAAUGGUAAACUUGUUUUAUAAACCGUUUAUUACAACAAUAUUCCAUUUAGUAGAAUCGUUCGAAUUAACAGAGGUAAUGUGAUAUGAACCAAAUUAACGGAGAAAAUAAUAAACUAUGUAAAGGAAACUACACAAAUAGGUUGACGUAAUAAUUAGUGUUAGAAAUAAAUCUGCAAAUUGUGAUCGGAGAGUAGGCUACGAUUAAAUUGUAAUCGCUGGCAUAUUGUUAUGUUACAAAUUAUCAAGUUUAUGAUAUAAUAACUAUAUUAGUAAUUUUAAGAUAUUUGUUAUAUUACAGAAACGAGAAUAAUUUGAUUAACUUUGUUAACAUUUAUUUGUAAAUAGAAUAUUAAUUUAAAAUUGAAUUCAUAUUAUCUGUUUGUGAAUAUUCUACGUAUAUUUGUUAGCUGUAUUGUUUCAAGUGAGUAACUGAAGUAGAACUGGACAUAGUUACUAACACACACAGUGCCUGAACCCUGUAUAUAUCUGACUGUAACGUUAAACUAGAAUCGAUCUUUGUAGACAUUGUACAGUGUAUUUCUGUACAGCCUGUUGUAUGUGUUUUACUAAUAAAAUAUGUUUGUAUAGAA